AUGGAUCGACAAGCAAGAAUAAAUGAAGCCAAGCAGGAAGUCGACGCCAUAUUCGAAGGCUUAGAUGACAGCGAUGCGGCUGACAUAAUUGAGAUCUGCCAGAAUGCAAUCGAUACUAUCGAGAUGAGACGUGCAAAGAAACUCAGAGUCUUUGAAGAAUUCUACAAGCCCCUGUCUGUCAGCGAUACCGAUGAAAACAGCUCUGUUGAAACCACACAAAAAAUCACCCACAAGUACUUUCAGCUUUACCAGGCACUCCCCGCGUUGGAGAAAUUGCGAGAUUUGGGGAAGAAUUCUUUGUCACUCUAUCAGGCAAGAAAAAACACAAAGAAUGAGUUGAACUUUCAGGUAAUGAUUGCUGAACGAAAGGAACAACUCGAAGACUUGAAGAACGAAAAGCAGAUCCAGGACAAAAACUUAUUUGGGGCAGAACCGGAAAUUGAUAACAAUCAUACUGGAGUCUAUUUCUCGGGACAUGUUGACGGGGACUUCAGUAGUUCUGAAAAUGUAGUGAACAAGAAAUAG